CACCGUCCAUCACAACUUGCAUUCUCAUUUAUUCUCUCAGGCUUCAAGGAUUUCUACAGCUGUUGAAGAAGAAACUACUUUGGUUUUGCUAAGGAAAAGUGCAUUUGGGUUUGUGUUUUUGGUUGAGGGUUUGUGGAAAAAUGGAGAAGGGUUUGGGAUUUGGAAAUGAUUUGAACCUUAAGGCAACUGAGCUGAGAUUGGGUUUGCCUGGCACAGAUGAAGUGGAGGAACAAGCAGAUUACAAUGUUAGAAACAAGAGGCCACUGCCAGAUGCCACCGUGGCUGAGGAGUGUGGAGGAAAGGGCAAAUCUGAUGCUGAACUUGAAACAGCCCCUCCUGCCAAGACACAAAUAGUUGGUUGGCCUCCUAUCAGAUCCUACAGGAAAAACAACAUUCAGGCAAAGAAGAGCGAGCCAGAGGCUCCGGGGAUUUAUGUGAAAGUGAGCAUGGAUGGAGCACCAUACCUGAGAAAGAUUGACCUGAAGGUUUAUCAGGGAUACCCUGAGCUCCUGAAAGCACUGGAAAAUAUGUUCAAGUUCACCAUAGGUGUUUACUCAGAGAGAGAAGGAUACAAGGGAUCAGAAUAUGCCCCUACUUACGAAGACAAGGAUGGAGACUGGAUGCUGGUUGGAGAUGUUCCUUGGGAAAUGUUCAUAAAUUCAUGCAAGAGAUUCAGAAUCAUGAAAGGAUCAGAAGCCAGAGGCUUGGGAUGUGGUGUAUGAGGAACCCUCAAGCCACAAACUAAAACCCAGUUACAAGCAAGAGAAGAUGAAGAUUUGUCUCUGGUCAAGAGAAAAUCUUUUCAGCUUCCAGCUUGGGUUCUCCAAGGGGAGAUUUGAAUCCGAGUCUACUUCUGAGGUUGGCUGAAGGGAAGUUUAGACGGCAAUCUAACAGACAUAUAUCUAUCUAUAUAAGGGAGUUCAGUUUCUUUCCUCUAGUUUAGCAGCAAAGAUGUUUUGGUGGUCUGAGCAUCUGUCAUGUUAUUCUGUAUUGUUUCUAUCAUAACCCCAUCAAACCAAAACUGAAUUAAAGAACAUGUUGCUUCAAAUGCAACCCUGUGUAAAUGAUCUGAGAAAAACAUAGGAAGAAAAUCUGUGUCCAAGUUUUGGCUAUGUAUUAUUAAUACCAGGUACAGUGUAAUAUAGUAAAAUGUCCUUGUAAAU